AUGACACCCGGAGCUCUGCGCCUCUGCCUCGCCCUCGCUCUGCAGCUGAGUUGCGUCACGCUGCUCGCUAUCCCGCCGGACAGGGGGACCGCAGGGCGGCGGGGCGCUUUGGAUGCGACCAACACGGCGACCGAGAAGCUGGACCCGUUGUCCCAUCUCAAGGAUUUAUCUCCAGGUCAUCACAAGAAGGCGCCUCAGUUUAUGUUGGAUCUUUUUAACGCGGUGGCAGCCGCCGACGGGUCCCCGAAAAGCCAGAAGGAGAUACUGGAAGGAAACAUUGUGCGGAGUUUCGAGGAUAAAGGUCACACUGGAGAGAGGUUUCACUUCUUUAACUUGUCGUCUUUUGGCCGAGAGGAGAGAAUGAUCAAAGCGGAGUUCCGUUGGUUCAGAAAGAAACAGAAGUUUUACCUCGGAAAGUCAUAUGGGCCUCAUUUCUAUAAGGUGGAUCUGUAUGAGGUGCUGGACAGCCGAGUGAAGCCAUGGAGAGGAAACCUCAUCACCUCCAGACUGGUGCCCCUUUACACACAUGGAUGGGAAGUCUUCAAUGUCACUCAAAUGGUGUCAAAGUGGAUCCGCAACAGCCAGGAGAAUAACGGCAUCCUUGUGGUGACCACAUUUCCUUCUGGAAACUGGAUGGAGUCAGUGGUGUCUUCAUCUAAGCGGCAUGGGGAGCAGACAGACACAAACGCCUACCUGGUCAUAUUCUCAGAUGACUUGAGGAUAGGAGCAUCGAACCAGUCCUACCUGGGACAAGCCCAACAUGCUGCCGCAGCACCCGAGCUCCACGAUCACCGCAACAGGAGACGACGUGCGUCUCCAGGUUUCCUCCCCCACGGCCGCUCCCAGUCCUGCCAGCGGGUUCCCCUCUUCGUCGACUUUGAGGAGAUCGGCUGGUCCGGCUGGAUCAUCUCUCCCCGCGGGUACAACGCCUACCACUGCAAAGGCUCCUGCCCGUUCCCGCUAGGGGAAAGCCUCCGAGCGACCAACCACGCCACGGUGCGCUCCAUCAUGCAAGCGCUCAAGCUCUCCAGUGAUGAAGUGGGCGCGCCGUGCUGUGUUCCCGACAGACUCCAGUCCAUCAGUUUGUUAUACUUUGACGAUGAGGAGAACGUGGUUUUGAAGCAGUAUGACGACAUGGUGGCAUUAAGCUGUGGCUGUCACUGACUGCCUGUGCAUCUCCUGCACUCUUUAACACUGGGACAAUGAGGGAUGGGGGAGAUAUGAUGGUUUGCUUGACUUGAUUAAAACACUGUAUUUUUGUGCUUAUGUUUAAAUAUUGUAUUAUUUUGAGAAAUAAAACAACUAUUCCUCAGCUAUUAA